AUGGCGGCGAUGGCGACGCCCGAGCGGCUUUUUCCGAACGCCAGCCGCUCAGACAUUAGAACCCGCUUUCACCUCGGCAAGCAGCUGGGGCAGGGCGGCACAGGCGUAGUAACCGUAUGCAGCGACCUUCAAACGGGGAUACCGGUCGCGGCGUGCAAAAGCGUGCCGAAGAGCAAGCUUCAGCGGCGCGACGCGCUGGAGGAGCUGCAGCGCGAGGUGCACGCGAACCGGCGCGUGCGCGGGCACGCGCACGUGGUGGAGCUGCGCGGGCUGUACGAGGACGCGCAGGCCGUGCACCUCGUCAUGGACCUCUGCAAGGGCGGCGACCUCUACGACUUCCUUAUUGCUCGCUCGCCCGUCGCAGAACCCGUCGCAGCCGAAAUUGCCAGGCAAGUGCUACUGGCGCUCACGCACUGCCACGCGGUGGGCGUCAUGCACCGCGACAUCAAGCCGGAGAACAUCCUCCUCCUCGCGCCCGACGACGGCUCGGGCCGCGUGCACGUGAAGCUCGCGGACUUCGGGCUGGCCGUGCUGCUGCGGCCCGGGCAGCGCGCCGUGGGGAUGUACGGCAGCGCCAUCUACAUGUCGCCCGAGGUGGUGUGCCGCCGGCCGUACGGCCAUGCGGUCGACCUCUGGGGGCUCGGCGUCAUCGUCUACCUCGCCCUCGCCGGUACGCCCCUCGCCUGCCGCCUCUCCCUUCGCCACGCUUUCCUGCUCUCCGCGCUCUCUCUCGCUCCCCCGCCCUGCUCCCCUGUACGCUGUCUGCCGAGCCAUUGGCCAGCUGACCGCUCUCCACAGCGGUACCCCCUGCUUGAUCACCAUUUCCUCAACUGUCGCCUCGCGCUCACCCGUUCCCCUCCCCACGCCCUCCCCCCGUCCCGCGCAGGCUACAUGCCGUUUUGGGGCAGCACGGACGAGGAGCUCUUCCUGCGCAUUCUCCGCAACUCCCCCGACUUCCGCGCGGACCCCUGGCCGCGCGUGUCCCCGCAGGCAGUCGACUUCAUCCGCUCGCUGCUCCACUCCGACCCCGCGCACCGCCCCUCCGCGCUCGCCGCGCUGCAGCACCCCUGGAUCGUGCAGCACUGCGGCGGUCCCGCCGCUUCCCCCGCGCCCUCGCUUUCCGCCGAGCCCAUGCCCGGGAUGACGCCCAAGGCCCCCGCAGCUACGCGCAAGUCUGCGCCGGCGGGGGAGAGCGGGGCGAAGGUGCACCCGGAGGCGGGCAAGGCGCAGCAGCUGCCGCGCGCGGGUAGCAUGGAGGCGGGCGGGGAGGCAGCGGUAGUUGCGCCUCCGUCCGCGCUCAACAAGAUACGCGUGGGCGGAGCGGGGCAGUCCGGGGGACAGUCGGCCGCGCACCAGGGCAGGGCGAUGGACGUCGACUCCGACCAAUCAGUUCCUAUCGCUCCAGUCGCUUCCGCCUCUUCCGCCGCCUCCGCCGCUUCCGCCAUGCCUGCGCCCAUGAAGCAGCCGAGGCAAGCGCCCGCGGGAGCCCAGCGGCAAUGGCCAACGCAGCAAGUGGAAGCGGCGCAAGCGCAAGGCGGGGAGGAGGUGCAGCCGCUGCAGCGCACGCGGCGCACGAGUCAGCCGCGCGAGAAACGCGAGGGGCGGGGGAAAUCGACGAGAGGCGCGUCCGCCGCGGAGCAGCAGGUGCGCGGACGGUCCCGCCACCGCGAGUCCGCGACAGCCCCGCGCGCCAUGGAUGUCGACGAGCAGAUGCCAUCGCAGCAGUCGUCGCAGCCGUCGCAGGCGUCGUCGCAGGCAAACCACGCGUCGCAUGCGCUGCCGCCAAUCCAAGUUCCGCCUGCCGCGGGCUCCGCGCCAUCGCCGUCGCCGUCGCAGGGCAGCUCGCAGGCCGCCACGCCCCCGGCGCCGGCAGCUCGUCCGCGCGCGUCCCACUUCCGCUUCUUCUCCCCCAAGCGCAAGUCGCGCGCCGCAACUCACGUCACCGUCGCCGACGCGCCCUCGGGCGACUCGACCCCGAUGUCCUUCCCCAGCACCCCUACGUACCUCCCGCUCGACUCGCCCUCCGCAUCCUCCGCCGCACGAGGCGGCGAGUCGAGCCGCUCCACGUCAUCCUUCAUGGACGCGGCGCCCUCGUGCUUCCCGGUUUUCCGGCGCCAAUCGUCUUCCUCCUCCACGCCGCGGUCUCGCACCGCCAAGCCGUCGGUCAUCACCAUCCCGCUGCGCACUCAAGCAUCUGCCACGUCAGCUUCCGAAGUAACAACGGUCGAGAUUCCCUGCAUCAGGACCGAGCCGCCUCUCGACCCAACCAAGCAGCCGCCUUCCUUACCUGAGAUGCAGGCUCGGCUAUCCCAACCCGACGGCUCCCUGCCCGUGCCUGAGCUCCUCUCCUACCUCCGCCCCCGCCCCUCCUCCCCCCGCCGCGCCCCCGCCGCCUCCGCGGACGACUCCGCGCCCUCCUCCGCCGCCUCCUCCGCCGCCUCCUCCGCCGCCUCCUCCGCCCCGCAGAAGCGCGGCUUCGCCAAGCCCGCGUGGAUGGAGGCGAUUCGAGCCGCCAAGCCGGAGGACUCGCUGGCCGGGCAGGUCGGCGCCGCGAAUGGCGCCGCAAGCGGCGGGCUGCCGGCGGGCACGGACGCGCGGAGGGCGUCGAGCCAGUUCCUCGCGUCGAACCCGGCGCGCAAGCCGGCGGCAAGCGCGGCGGGCUUGGCGGCGGGUGGUGGCUGCGCAGAGAAGGGCAGCAGCCGCGCAGGUGUGUCGAUCACGAUCCCCGCUGAUCAACCAGACUCGGAGCUACGCGGGCAGCUGGAGCAGCACGAGCAACCGCGCGAGCCGCGAGAACCGCGCGAGCUGAAGAAGAAGGUUCGGUCUCCUGCCACGCGCCCGGCGCAGCCACCCGAGUCGCCAAGUGCGAUCCCCCUCGACUCGCGCCAGUCCCCCAAGCCGUCCCCCUCGUCGCUCGUCGACCCGCGGCAGUCCCCGCGCCUGUCCUCUCCGCGCAACCCGCGCGCGGGCGGUAAGCUCGUUCCGCCGCUGGUGCUCCCCAUGCGCGGAACCUGCGAGGCGGAAAAGGAAAAGCCCCUCCGCCGGCGGGACUCGGCGCAGCGGGGCGCGGGAACUGGAGAGGGCGCAGGCGGAAGCGCAAGCGGGGGAGAGGAGAGCGCGUAUCUGAGCUGCAAGUCCCCUUCCGCGAGCAGCGUUGCUAGCAGCGUGACUGAGGGGUGGUCCCCGUUUAUGAGCAGCGCGGGCAGCGUGAGCGGCAGCAGCAACGCGGGCAGCGGCGGCAGCAGCCCGUACCACGCGGAGACGCUGACGCCAGCGCUGACGUCAGUGCUGAAGAUGAGAGCAAUGGUUCGCGUGCCUGUGGGCGGCAGUGCCGGGCAGGUAGCGGGACAGGGCGGGCAGGACGGGCAGGUAGAGGCAGGCAGGCAGGAGAGAAAGGAAAGAAAGGAGAGGAAGGAGAGGAGCGAAAAGCAUGAGAGGCGGGAGAAGCUGGACAGGCAUGGGGUGCAUAAGAUUCACAUGGAGGUGGAGGGGGAAGGGGAGGAAGGAGGUGCAGCAGCAGCAGUGCACAUGGUGGCAUCAGCAGAGGGGGCAGAUGUGGUGGGGAGCAAUGGGGAGCACCGCACCCAUAGCAGCAGCCAUAGCCAUGGCCACAGUGGCAGUCAGAGUCAGAGCCAUGGGGCCCGUAAAGCACGGGGGCUAGGCUCGAUUGUGCGAGCCUUUGCUGCUCUCUCCACUGCACAGCCUGACUCCGGUGCUGGUAAUGGCGGAACCACUGCUGGUAGCAAGUCCUCUUCUGUCCCGGUCACUCCUGUCCGCAAUCCGUUCAGCAGCAACGUCUCAUCCUCGUCAUCGUCUGCCAAGUCAGCAUCAGCACACGUGGCAAGCCUCCGCGCUGCUGGCGCCACGUCAGCAGGGCUGCGCGCAUCUGCCAGCGUGGCGGCUGCAGCGGCAGCAGCGUCUGCGAAUGUGGGCGCUCCCGCUGCAGCGAAUGCCUCAAGCUACACCAACUCCAGCAGCUCUUCAGCUUACUCGAGUGGGUCUGGUUCUGCUGCUCCCUUCCGGCCUCCUGUGCCCAAGUGGGGUGAGGGGGGCGUUGGGACGGGCAGAACGAAAGGGGGGGCGCUGGCGGAAGCGAGGGCGAUUAUCAAGCAGAGGCAGCUGCUGCUGCAGCAGCAACAGCAACAGCAGCAGCAGCAGGGUGGGGAUUUUGGGCAUGCAGAUGGCAUGGUGGGGUUGGCACCUGGAGGAACUUGGCUGGCCUCUCGGUGA